UUGCCUUUAAUUAGAUUAAAAUGGCAGAGGUGACUGUUAAGAGGGAUUUUGGAAGUUAUCUUAUCACAAAUCACAAGAAAAAUACUUGGUUGGAUCACGCUAAUCCCCGCUCUCAAGCACCCCCUUUCACAAUUUCCUAAAUCACAGCCUCAACCUCAAACUACGUUCUUGUUGCGGGAACGAAAGAUUAAACGAUGCAGAGAUUGUGCACCAAGCUCCGCUGUUUGGCACUUCAAUCAACCCAAACUCUUCCCCCUCUCUCCGCUUCUCGUCGCCUUCUCCAUCACUCCUCUCCUCCAAUCCAUGAUAUUUCAACCAGAUGGAGCUUGAAAUUCCUCAUUAACAAUGCCGCAUCGCCUCAUCUCGCUUUUGUUCAAGUCCGGCAUGUGUCGUCAAGAGAGCGAGCAAAAAGGAGGAAGCCUGUGACUCCACGUACUUCCAAAAUCAAGAAAAUUAAGAUGAAAUUUUACUCGUCAUAUAAGUCCAGAUUUAGGACAAUGAGCGAUGGGAAUAUUCGUCGCUGGAGGGAAGGCAAAAACCAUAAUGCACACAUGAAGUCAAGAAAAUCUAGACGGAGACUAAGACAACCUGCUAUAGUACCAGCCGCAUAUGCGAAGGUGAUGAAGAAGCUCAAUUUUUGCGCUUAAAAUUCCAGAAUCCAUGAUCUUCAGACAUGAAACAGGAAGGUGUAUGCUUCUGCAGUUCUGCUCUUUCAUUUGGCUCUCAGACUGGUUAAAUUCAAAUGUGUGGCACACACAUGUAGUAGCUGGAGGAUUGAGAAACAAUGAAUAAGGUUUAUGUGAGGCUUUUGUUUUUAUUAAAAAUGUUGGAUGCUUAGUUGAUAUUUUGGACUACUAUGGACCAUAACUGUUGAUAAUUCCUUUAGAUUUUGUGGGGGGAUUGUUUCAUUUGAUUUUGGUGUUGAUGCCAUACGUCACACAAUCUCAAAUAUAAUGAAAUGAUUUAUUUCUUGUAAA